CACGAGGAGGGUCACAUGACAAACCAGGAAAAGCCAAUUCAGAAACCACAUCAAAACCCAGUUGGAAGAGUAUUCCCGUGAAUUACCAUGUCCAAAAACAAGCCAAGAACUUUGACUUUGAAGUGUUUGCUGUGUUUGUUCUUUGCCGUUUUACCAGGGUUUUGCUCGGUAACUGUGAAUCUGAACGGUAAAUGGAGUCUUUCAAACUCCGAUGGUUCAGUGUUUCUGGGUGCAGAGGUUCCCGGAUGUGUUCAUUCAGCUCUUCACCAAGCGGGAUUCAUUAAGGACCCGUACUACAGGUUUAACGAUGUGUCUUAUCGGUGGAUUGCCUUUGACAAUUGGACCUACACAACCACAUUUACCGCCUCCGCCCAGCUGAGAGCCAAUCAGAGGGUGCUGCUGGUCUUUGACGGCGUGGACACCGUAGCAUCUAUCUGGCUCAAUGGAAUAGUUGUUGGGAAGACGGACAACAUGUUUCGUAAAUAUGACUUUGCAGUCAGAGACUUGCUGAAGGACGGGGACAAUGUGCUAAAAGUGAGCCUGUUGUCUCCAGUUCUUUAUGCGUCUGAGCGGAGGAAAGCUCAUUCUGCCUACAGGGUUCCUCCUGAAUGUCCUCCAGAUGUCCAGAAGGGGGAAUGUCACGUCAAUUUCAUCAGAAAGGAGCAGAGCUCGUUCAGCUGGGAUUGGGGCCCUUCGUUUCCCACGAUGGGACUGUGGAAAGGAGUUCGACUGGAGGCGUUCGAUGUCCUGCAGCUCAUCCGGGUUUCCUCUGUCCCUCUGUACAAUCUCAGCCUCUCUCAGUGGAGAGUCCAGGUCGAGCUUCUCGUCGACGCCGUUCAGACGACCAACGGGCAAAUCGCUCUCUCCCUACCUGAGCUGGACUCUGAGCGGAUCCUCCAGACCCAGUUUCUCACCGGAAAGACCCGGAACACCUUCACCCUAAACAUCAACACGAGCAGCCACGUGAAGCUGUGGUGGCCCAACGGACACGGAGAGCAGCCCUCCUACCGCCUCGCUGUCAGAGGCCUUCAGGGCCGCGUUUUGAUCCUCGAGGCGGAGUCCAAGGUGUAUUUUCGCUCGGUGGAACUCGUCCAGGAGCCGGUUGUCGGCUCGCCGGGCUUGAGCUUUUAUUUCCGCGUCAAUGGGAAACCGAUUUUCCUCAAAGGGUCCAACUGGAUCCCGGCCCACUCCUUCCAGGACCGAGUGGCUCCCGCUGUCUUAAGGAACCUGUUGGCCUCGGCCGUGGAGGCGAACAUGAACGCCCUCCGGGUCUGGGGGGGAGGAGUGUAUGAACAGGAUCUAUUCUACAGCCUCUGCGAUGAGAUGGGAAUCAUGGUUUGGCAGGACUUCAUGUUUGCCUGUGCUAUGUAUCCCACCGAGGAAGACUUCAUGCAGACAGUCAGAGAGGAAGUCGCCCAACAGGUUCAGCGCCUCAAGUCUCAUCCCUGCAUCAUCACUUGGAGCGGGAACAACGAAAACGAAGCUGCUCUGGCGACGGACUGGUUCAACAUUCCCGCUUCUCAGAGGCCUACGUACCUGAAAGACUACGUGACGCUGUACGUGGACAACAUAAGGGCGGUCGUUCAGGAGGAGGAUCGGAGUCGCCCGUUCCUCGUCUCCAGCCCGACCAACGGCGCCGGGUCGGAGCAGCAGGGCUGGGUGGCGUCGGACCCCUACGACCCUCACUACGGGGACACGCACUUCUACAGCUACUCGCUGGACUGCUGGGACUGGAGGACUUUCCCUCGAACGCGCUUUGCCUCCGAGUACGGCUUCCAGUCGUGGCCGUCCUUUUCCACUCUGAAGCCGGUUUCCAUAACGGAGGACUGGAGCUACGGCAGCAACUUCUCGUCCCACCGCCAACACCACCAGGACGGAAACCAGCAGAUGUUACGGCAGGCCGCUCUACACUUCCACCUGCCCAACUCCACGGAUCCCACGAAAACAUUCCUGGAUACUCUCUACAUCACUCAGGUCACGCAGGCUCAGUGCGUGAAGGCCCAGACUGAGUUUUACCGGCGAUGUCGGAGUGAGAUCAUCGGGGGCAAAGGUCGCACUAUGGGCGCGCUCUACUGGCAGCUGAACGACGUCUGGCCGGCGCCUUCCUGGUCGUCCAUCGAGUUUGGUGGGAAGUGGAAAAUGCUGCAUUAUUUUGCGCGGGACUUCUUCGCCGCCGUCCUGCCGGUGGGCUUCGAGGACGGCGACGCGCUGCUCGUCUACGCCGUCUCAGACCUGAGUCACGACCUGGAGCUCUGGGCCGUGGUGUCCGUGUACUCCUGGUCCAGUCCGGAGCCGGUCUGCACGCUCAAGUCGGACCCGGUCCCGGUCCCCGGAGGCAGCGCCGCCACCGUUUUUAAACGUCCGGUCGCCGCCCUGCUGGGGGCGUGCGGCAGCUGCACCCGCCUCACCUGCCUGCUGACCUUCCACCUGGAGGACAGCGGCGGCCAGCAGGGUCCCUCCAACCACCACUUCCUGUGCAAACCCAAAGACGCCCGGGGCCUCCAGAGACCCAACAUCACGGCCACGGUGCGGGAGCUGGAGGCCGGCUACGUCUUCAGCGUGACCCUCCGCUCGGCCUCCGUGGCCGCUUUCGUCUGGCUGGACGCGGGGGACGUCCCCGGGCGCUUCGGCUCCAACGGCUUCCUGAUGGUUUCCAGAAGCAGGACGGUCGUGUUCAUCGCCGGACGUCACACCGGCGCCGCGGAGCUCUCCAGGUCGCUGGUCGUCACGUCUUUGAGGGACGUGUACUGACCGGAGAGCAGCCGGCCUCACACAGGGUGCAGUCGGUCCUUUUUUUAAAAAGAGAUACCGGGGCUGAGGUUUUUGUCACAGUGUCUCUGACCGAGGACACGUUUUUUUUUUUUUUUCCUCCGCCUUGCGGCAGAAAAGCCUCAGAAAGCAGCAGUUGGACCCUGAAGAUUUCCAAACAAAGGACCCCAUUGAAGGUGGGUUGAGCGGCUCCAGACAACAGGACGACCCACUGUGUUCAAUCCGCUGCACGAAACUUUGGCACGCGACAGACUUUCAUAUGAAGCCUUCAUUCACACACGAAAAACCAUCUCAAGGAAUGAAAUGUGAUGUUGAUGAAGGUAAACAAGCCAAUAUAAACCGCUCACGUCUUUUGAUUAUUCAGCAGCUAAAUGACAAAUGACUGAUCAGUUGUUUCUUUGUAACAAUCUGAACUAUUUCCAUCAUUUGUCAUUGUGUUGUAUAACCUGCAGUAUUGUCCCGAAUGUGUUUAGUAGAUACAGUAAAAGAUCUUUAUUGAUUCCUU